AUGGCCGACGACCAUGUCCUCGCAAAGGUGCAUGCCUUGAGCGAUGUCGAGCUGGCCUGUCUCCUGUCGCUCGUCAACAGCGAGCACUGCAUCGUCAGCACACCGACUGGAAGCCUCGAUGACCUUGUCACCGAGCUGCAGCUCAUCACCGACCGCACCUUUGGGCUCAAGUCUGCCGUCGUCGAAUGCAACCCGAACACCACCCUCGACGACUUUGCCAGCUCCUUGCUGCUGCAGCCACACGCCUCCAGCCCGACCACCACCCGCUCGCUCUCGCCCUAUCUGUCGCGAAACCCUCACGACAGCUACUUUCCCGCCGGCCAUGUCUCCUUUGCUCACUCGCCAGGGCGUCUCGUCCAGUCAGCCAUCGCCCCCCUGACGCCCCAAACACCAGGGCCCUCGCAUAGCCAGAUAGCCAACAUUGUCCUCGCCAAAAACCUAGACAAGGCCCCUAGGGCAGUCCAGACACAAGCCCUCGAGCUUCUUCGCACAAAGCGGAUCUUUACAAGAACAUCUGUGCAGACAGCGCCCAAGACCUUCAUGCUGGUGGCCGUCCUCGGCGCAGAUAGCGGCGGUGAGGCAAGGGUUACGCAACACCUGAACGAUUUCUUCUCCGUGGCGCACUGGGUCGACCCAGACGAAGAAGGUUUCCCCCACAUAGACGGGGACGACCUUGACUCCAUAUCCUACACCGACGACGGGCUGGCCGACGACAAGGCCAGUAUUGUUAGCACCGCCAGCGUGGUGAAGCGACGCAGCCGUGGGAGGGGCACCAACGACAUCCUGCACCGCAGCAGUCCGAAGCCCCUGGCCAUGCCAGCCAAUGCCACCACGCCCACGACCAGCAAGGCGCCUGCCUUCACGGCCGCCGACAUAUCCCACCUCCGCCAGCUCUCUCUGCGCACUGCCAUUGAUAUCGACGUGCUCCGCUACCAAAUGAACAUAGUCUCCUUCCUGCGCAUGCACCGCGCCGUUGCCGGCGGCAUAACCCCGCAGGCGACACGCCACCUUGACCAGCUGGUCCGGACGCUCGCGCCCCUGCAUGGGCUGGAGUUUGUCACCCCGGCGCUCGUGGGCGUAGCCGCCCGCAAGGUAUAUCUGCACCGCAUCAAGAUGGUCGAGGCUUCCAAGGAGCGGAGCAUGCAGUGGGGCAGCGAACUAGGCGCUAUUGGGAGACUACUCGAGGGAUGGGGCCCGGAGGACGUGGUUGAGGAGGUCCUGGCGGUAGUCACGGCUCCUGUUUGA